AUGACACUGCGCCUCACGUCCGCUCCGGUAUCAGGCGUCAAAAAACGAAAGUCCGCCGCGAAACCCCGAGCCUCGCCCUUUGCCGGCUUCGCGCGCCGAAAACCUACAUCUGGCGCCACCAACUUGAAGCUUGCAGACCUGGAUCAGGAUGAUCCGCUUCCAGAUGUAGGUGGGUCGCACUUCAUAGCGCAGACCGCUCCAGUACAGAAUGUGCUCCAGGCCAUUCGAUAUAUUCGCGAUAGCAUGUUCGAAGAACUUCCAGCGCGAGCGGGGAUGAACAGUACGCGAAUCGCCGAACUCCUCAAUCUCCGUCGAUCAUUACCUCCACUGGCAUCAGUGGCCCAUGUGCAUACCUUGCUAGAGGCGCCAACACAGGUGGAAAGAGAGAUCGUUGAACUGGUACAGACUGGUCAGAUUCGGCGGCUCAUCAUUCCGGGUCGGGGAAACGAUGCGGCGGGGCUGGGCGACUGUUUGGUGUUAGCAGAGGACUGGGAGAGACUAGUGCAGGAAAGCCCUGCAUUAGAGACACCAGUGAAGGGGAAAUUUCUCGAUAUUCUCAAACGCAUGGGGACCUCCUCGGCGAUAUCGCAGGGUGUCUUCACCACGGAUGAGUACAGAGCCCUGCUACGUGCUGGGUUCAUAGUUUCCUCGUCAUCUUUUACUCAAGGCUCACUCAGUAUCGCAUCCCUCCCCAAUCUACCGACCAUGGCAGCAUCGUCCGCCAGUCGGGUCGAAUCGGGUCGCUCUGCCUCCAACCCAGAGCGGCCUGUACAAUCAGACUCUCAGGCCCGUGCUGCCACCCUUUUCUUAUCUCUUCCCAACACGGGGUCAUAUCUCCGCUUACUGGGACUAGGUCGCGCACACCUUCUCGCGCUGCUCAAACGUUCUGCCUGUGGCGAAGCUCCUGUCGGUUUGGUAAAAGACCGGUGGGAUGGAGCCGUCGAGACCGAGAAAAGCUUCCACUUGGCUAAACGAGCCCGCGGAGAGUUUGCCGGUGUUCUCCCCGGCAAAACUAAAAAGUGGAAAGAGUUGAAUGGCAUGCACUUCCGGUGGGUGCUCGAGGAAGCACUGGGCGCGGGGCUUGUUGAGAUGUUCGAGACUGGCAGUGUGGGACCCGGAAUCCGCUCUCUAUAG